CAAUUUAUCUAGCACCUGAUAUAGCACCCAACCCCGCUGCCCCAGUUGUCUCCCCGCUCCUGCUCGGGAGACAUUCUCGUGUAAUCACCCCACUUCCAGGUUGGUAAGGUAGUGUGCGUCGGUAGUCGGUAGCAAGGACUCGACUCCCAGAUAUUGGACGAUCGUCAUAUCAUGAUAACUCCACAAGUUAGCAUUUAAGCAGCGCAAGUGUUUCAUCCUCAUUCACUACCCGACAUUGACUCGAGAUUGCAUCAAGGUCUCGCGAGACUGCUAUGGCUCAACCCAAGAUGAUGAAGGCCGUAGUUUUUGACGGCCCGAGGAAGGUCUCGAUCCAGGAGCGUCCGAUUCCAGAAGUGAAGGACCCUCAAGACAUUAUAGUAAAGGUUUCUGCAACAGCGCUUUGCGGCUCUGAGCUCCAUGUAUACAGGGGGCACCAGCAAUCCCCAGCGGGAUUCAUCAUGGGCCACGAGUUUACCGGUGUAGUAACCGAGGUUGGUAGCGAAGUCAAGACUGUCAAGGUUGGAGACAAGGUUGUCUCUCCUUUCACAACGUCCUGCCUGCAAUGCUUCUAUUGCCGCAGCGGCUACUCAUCACGCUGCCCCAAAGGGACUCUGUUCGGGUCGACGGCUCUGGAUGGUGGCCAGGCCGAGUAUGUCCGCAUUCCCUUGGCCGACGGCACGGUGAUGAAGGCACCCCCCGAGAUUAACGAUGGAGCGCUCGUGCUCAUGGCCGACAUCUGGCCCACGGGCUUUUUCGGUUCGAAGAAUGCUUUCCACAUGCUCCAACCGCAGCCCGCUAGCGAGGCUACCGUCGUGGUCAUCGGGUGUGGACCAGUUGGCCUCUGCGCCAUAAUCUCCGCCCUCGAAUACCGCCCCAAGCACCUCUUCGCAGUCGAUAGCGUCGCCAGCCGGCUUGAGCUUGCGAAGAAGCUCGGUGCUGAACCACUCAACUUCAUGCAGGACAAGGAGGGCAUGCUAAGGAGAGUCAAGGAGGUCACAGAUGGCCGUGGAGCCGAUGCUGUCAUCGAGGUUGUGGGACUGACACCAGCCCUUCGCACCGCAUAUGACCUGCUGAGACCUUGGGGAGUCAUCAGCAGCAUAGGUGUUCAUAACAGCACGAUACCGUGGAGCGGCAAUGAAGCAUACAACAAAAAUUUGAGAGUCCAGAUGGGACGGUGCCCAGUCCGGUCCAUCUUCCCGGAAGCGCUCGCACUUCUGGAAAAGAAGCAGGAACUUCUCAGCUUCAUGUUCGAUAAGAUCAUGAAUCUGAGCGACGCAGUCGAGGGCUAUGAGCUCUUUGACAACAUGAAGGUUCAGAAGAUCAUCUUUAAACCAUGAGGAACCAGCUUCCGUGGAAGAGCCGGGAAAGGUCAAGUUGGAGAUUGGAAGAAGGCGACGAUGUGCAGCCCGGCCCGCGAGUUCACACAGUUACAUCGGGUAUAUCAGGUGGCAAUAAAUGAUAUACCGUACAGCCAGAGCCCCGUGCGGCUUAAUUCUGCCUCGGUUUUACAAUGCCGUCGUGCAUCAAAUAGUAGAGAACAGUUGAGUCGUCUUGAACAAUGGCUAGGAGCAUCCGCUUCCCUCGCUGGGGUCCUCUCCACCGCAUCCAUUGGGAACUGUCGUCCUCUGCACCCAGAGCAUCGAGAGGAGCAGCGCCCGGCGGGAUGGUGUCGAUGGCGUCAAAUACGGCAGCAAAGGCCUUUGGAG